UCUACCCAGUUACGACUAUAGGCUCCAGCAUACACCAAACAUUUGGCCCCACCACAAUCUAAUCCAAAUCAAUCAUGUUGUGACAUUGCAUGCCCUGAUCCCAUGGCCUUGUCCCCUGCCAGCUAUUCUCGCCUUUCCCCUCGCCUAUAAAUUCAGCAUGCGGCGAGCUCAACGCCAUCACUUAUUCAUCAGCACAACCACCACCAACUGAGCAUUGCAACAUCCAUCCCACUUCUUCAGAUUUCCAGCUGAAAACACAAAGGCCAAGAAACCAACCAUGGUCAGCGCCAAGAGACUUUCUCAACUGGCAAAGAAGUGGCAGAGGGUGGAAGCACUCGGGAGGAAGAGGCUCACCGUUUCAGCCAAAAUAGAUCAAGACUGCUGCAGUUCUGUACCACCCAAGGGUCGCUGUGUCAUGUACACGAGUGACGGGAGGCGUUUCGAAGUACUGUUGGAGUACCUCAGCAUGACGGUGUUCAGCGAGCUCCUCAGGAUAUCGCAGGAGGAGUUUGGUUUUAGAAGCGAUGGCAAGAUCACAUUGCCUUGUGAUGCGGCAGUGAUGGAGUAUGUCAUGUGCUUGCUCAGGAGAAAUGCAUCUGCCGAGGUCAAGAGUGCAUUGCUGAGCUCCAUGGUGACGCCUUGCCACUACACUGGCUGUGCGAUUCCUACUGUCGGAGCCAGCCAGCAGAUUUGCUGUCUGUAGCUUCUCAAGAACAUGCAUGCAGAGGCCCUGAUGAUGUCCUCUGUUUUGAGUACUUUGCCUGGGUAGUGUAAGAUAGUUAGACAGUAGAUAAUAGGAGCAGGAAAAUUGUAUGUAUAGCAAUCUGAUCAUCAAUGCAACAAAGCAGCAUUAUGGCCA